AUGGGUCCUUCCAAACGUGAAGACGACUUCGUCUUUACCCUAUCCGAUGACGACGGUCAAUCCAUUCACAGUGAAGCCGAGUCCGACUCCCCCGUUGUACCUACCGCAGGCCAGAAAAGAAAGCGGGAAGAUGUCGGUAUCACUGCCGCUGCCAAAAAAGGGAAGAAAAACAAGCCGAAUAAGAAGGUGAAAAGAGUCGAGGAGCCUGAAUUGCCAGAAUCUGAAAGUGACGAAGAGCAAGGGGUCCAAGACAGGGCUAUAGAUCCUGACUUCGAAUUUGACUUGGGCGACAAUGCCGUUCUCGAAGAAGUUGAGGAAUUUGAUGGGUGGGGUAAUGGUGAUGCGACCAAGUCGAAAGGCGCUUCCUCCAAAAAAGGGGUUGAUCUUGACGACAUCAUUGCACGUCGAGCGGCAAAGACUUCCAAGACUCAAACCAAAGCCAAAUCGGAGGAGCAAGCAUCAAGCGAGAAUGGAUCAGAGGAAGAGGAUGGAAAUGAUAGCGACGACGGCUCAGAGCCAUCAAUAGUCAUGCCAGAUUUCGACGAUGACGAGCUCGUUGCUCCAGAUACUUUCGGGGCUGGUGUCGAUCACGACGAAGAGGAGGAGCCUGUUAGUGAGGCCGAACAGGACGAUGAACAAGAUUCAGAAGACGAAGAUGCCUCGGAUGAUGAUUCGGUCGCUUCGCCAACAGCACACCCUGACGACCUAGCUUCAGAUCAAUCAGAUGCAGAGUCGGAGACUUCGAAGCCAGAUCGUGAAGAGCAAGCGAAGAGGGAAGCUUUCUUUGCGCCCGAAGACAAGACAAAACAGCCGAGCACCAAGACCACAUCCUCCUUCCAACAGUUUUCACUCUCAAGACCGAUACUAAAAGGCCUGACAUCACUAUCAUUCACCGCACCCACACCCAUUCAAGUACGUGCUAUACCAGUGGCUUUGCAAGGUCUUGAUGUGGUGGGUUCCGCGGUCACUGGUUCCGGCAAGACUGCCGCAUUCUUACUCCCUAUACUCGAACGUCUAUUAUACCGACCUCGCAAAGUCCCCACCACUCGUGUGGCUAUCCUAAUGCCCACCCGUGAGUUGGCCGUGCAAUGUUACAAUGUUGCCACCGCACUUGCACGAUACACCGACAUUACGUUCGCUCAAGUCGUCGGUGGUUUCUCUCUGCGAGAACAAGAGACAAUCCUGAAGAAGCGACCAGAUGUUGUCAUCGCAACCCCCGGUCGAUUCAUCGAUCAUAUGCGCAAUUCCGCCAGUUUUGCCGUGGAGAACAUUGAAAUUCUGGUUCUGGACGAAGCCGAUCGGAUGCUCGAGACUGGGUUUGAGGAUGAGCUUAACGAGAUUUUGAAGACAAUCCCCAAAAGCCGUCAAACCAUGCUUUUCUCCGCUACCAUGACAGACAGUGUCGAUAAAUUGGUCCGAGUAGGGAUGAACCGUCCAGUACGUCUUUCGGUCGAUGCAAAGAAAACCACCACCGCAGGCCUGGUACAAGAAUUCGUCCGUCUACGACCUGGGCGUGAGUCUAUGCGAUUGGCUACACUAUGUCUUCUUUGCAAGAACGUGUUCAACGAGCGAACCAUAGUGUUCUUCCGGCAGAAAAAGGAAGCGCACCGUGUCCGUAUUGUGCUUGGUCUUCUCGGCGUCAAAGCUGGAGAGCUACACGGCAGCAUGUCGCAAGAACAGCGUAUCAGCUCCGUCAACGCAUUCCGCGAAGGCAAAAUGACACAUCUCCUGGCCACCGAUCUUGCUUCCCGCGGUCUCGACAUCAAGAACGUCAUGACCGUAGUCAACUACGAAGCGCCCCAAACCCACGAGAUCUACCUCCACAGAGUCGGCCGAACUGCCCGUGCAGGCCGCUCUGGGCGCGCGUGCACGAUCGCUGCCGAGCCAGACAGGAAGGUCGUGAAGGCUGCUGUGAAGAGCGGACGCACACAGGGCGCCAAGAUUGUAUCACGGGCGAUGGAAUCCAACGAAGUCGACGAGAUGCACGCGCGUGUCGAGGACAUGGAAGCCGACAUCGAGGCCAUCCUCAAGGAGGAGAAGGAGGAGAAACAGCUCGCCCAGGUCGAAACACAGAUCACACGCGGCGAGAACCUGGUCAAGCACGAAGCGGAAAUCAUGGCGCGGCCGCGCCGCACGUGGUUCGAGAGCGAGAAAGACAAGCGCGACGCCAAACAGCGCGGCCAUCUCGAACUGAACGCGCCCAAUGGUGGGUCGGUGCGUGUGAAGUCGGAGAAGAAGAAAUUGAGCAAUAAGGAUAAAAAGCGCCUGGAUGAUCGGAAGGAUCGUGUCGAGGGCAAGAUGUGGCGGAAGGGGAAGGGCAGUGAGGCCCUCUCUAAGAGGGAGAAGCAGGAGAGUAAAUCGGCGAAGAAGAGCAAGGCUGGAGGUUCAGGGGGUGCUGUGAAGGGCGCGAAAAAGGGGAAGGGGAAAGGGAAGGCCAGGAGAUGA